AUGGUACUGGAAUCUGGGGUUCUACCCCCGCCGCUUCAGCUUUAUGCUGCCGCGGCUGCCCAUCUAGCCCCACGGCCCCCAUGGGCACCUUUGUUGCAAUUCCCGGGCGCUGCCCAACUAUUGGGUAUGCAUGGCGCUUUUUCCCCAUUAAAUAGACCGAGGUAUCCGCAUGGACUUGUACCUGGAAUGAGAGCUGCUCCCGGACCUCCUUCAGAAGAUAGUGGAAGUGAAACUGUUGGUAAAGCUCAGACUCAAGAGCUUCAAAAGCCGACUGAUGAAAUCACUUCUAAUAACAUAAGUACUCAAGAUGUAAUAGGCCACCCUCCCUUAAAAAAUGUGUUACCGGCACAAACAGUCACUUUUCAAACUACUACAGAACAAAAUGCGAUUACUGAAACUGCAAUAUCUGCACUGCCUGUACUUCUUAACAUUUCUUCCCCACAAAUAUUGCAAGAAUCCAAUACUUUAGUUUCAAGUCAAGAUCUACAUACACAAGAUGUUUUAGUUUCUGCUCCGAUUCUGACAACUGUCAAUUUGUCUCCAUUAGUUACUGAAAACUUAACUUCAGUACCGCCUUCUUGCGAUGUGUCAAAUGGUUUGGCUAACAUGUCUUCCCCGUAUACAAAUUCAAGAUAUCUCUUAACCUGA